CAAGCCGCUUCAACUAAGUUUGUUUAGUUUAUCAGUGCUCUUCCCUUUAGUUCAUUACUUCAUUUAUCUGCACAUGAAGGUUGAUGUUAGAUUUUUCAGAUGCCAAAGAAAUUAUUAGAUGAACACUUGUAUCUUCCGCAGGUACUAACCCAGCUUUAAACCAUGAUUGUUGUGCAAAACCAAACUUUUUGUAGGCAUAUAUUUCCUUGAGUAAGUAACUAAUUCAACAAGGGAUUCGUUACAUGUUGUUGCACGAAAUAUUUUAAGGUUCUUUUUUAAUGAGAGAUCAAACUAUACCUCCAAUUUGAUGGAAUUGUAUUGUGCUACGUAACAUUCCUAGGGUUAGGGGGACUAAAAUUUUGACUUGAAGAUAGUAUUGAGGGGCAUCCAUAACCUAGAUGUACCUUUGUUUCAGCUUUAUUUUUGUUUCCGAGCACGUGUGAACAUUUUUCUGCAUAUUUUUUAAGCAUUAAUGUUGGGAUUUCAAUUUAGUGUAGAUGUAUACACAAAGCAGAAAAUAGGUGUAUUAUGUGGAAUCCUCUGAUUUAGCUGAUCGUUGCAGUAUCAUGGUUUCUACUUUCUAGUUAUCCAGUCCAGGAGUAUACAUGGAAGCGCGCUUUCUACAGAUUGGCCUUGGACUUGUUCUUCUUCUAGCGGCACAGCACACCCCCGCUGUUGCCAUUCCUGGCCCUGAAUGCCCAACAAAGUGUGGUGAAGUUGACAUUCAGUACCCAUUCGGCAUCGGCGACAACUGCUCACUGUCAUCAGGGUUUAACGCCAGCUGUCAGGAGGUCCAGCGUGGUGUCCACAAGCCAUUCCUCGGUGAUAUAGAGCUGCUCAACAUUUCCCUGGCUAAUGGCACGAUCCGGGAGAUGAGCCCCAUCUCGACAUACUGCUAUAACUCCUCCGGUUUGAUGCACCGUCAUACUUGGCUGUUCGAUGCAAGCCAUUCCCCAUACCGGUUCUCAGAUGUCCAAAACAAGUUCACGGUCAUAGGUUGCAAUACCCUCGCCUAUAUCUAUGCUGAUAGCACCGGUACGGGCUACCAGAGUGGGUGCGUCUCAACGUGCCAGAAUCUGACAGACUUAGCAGAUGGAUCCUGCUCCGGCUUGGGCUGCUGCCAGACAUCGAUACCCAAGGGGAUGGGCUACUACGCGGUCGGCUUCGACAGUGGUUUCAACACAAGCCAAAUUUGGAACUUCAGCCGUUGUAGCUACGCUGUAUUGAUGGAGGCGGAGGCAUUCAAUUUCAGCACCGCCUACAUCAGCACGACCGAGUUCAACGACACAAACACUGGGCGAGCACCCGUGGUGAUGGACUGGGCGAUAAGAAAUGGGACGAUGUCGUUGCAGUGUGAAGAAGCCGAACUGAAUAAGACGGGCACCUAUGCAUGCCUCAGCAGCAACAGCGUGUGUGUCGACUCCAGAAAUGGGCCAGGCUACCUGUGCAAUUGCUCCCAAGGUUACGAAGGCAACCCAUAUCUUCCAUACGGAUGUCAUGAUGCUGAUGAGUGCAGGAACAGCCCAUGCCCUUCAGAAGGUGUUUGCCACAACACGGAAGGAGGGUACCAGUGUUCUUGUCGAGCAGGAAGAAAAUUUUCCAAACAAAGCAAUACAUGCAGCCUUGAUGUCGGGUUAAUAAUAGGGGUUACAGCCGGCUUUCUUGUUCUCGUGAUUUUCUCCUUCUUGGGAUAUAUGAUCCUUCAAAAGAGGAAACUGACCAAAGUUAAGCAUGAGUAUUUUAGCCAACAUGGAGGCAUGAUUCUGUUUGAGAGGAUGAGAUCAGAAAAAGGUCUUGCUUUCAUGGUGUUUAGCGAAGCUGAAAUUGUACAAUCCACAAACAACUACGAUAGGAGCAGAAUAAUUGGAAAGGGUGGUCAUGGAACAGUCUACAAAGGGAUAGUUAAGGGCAGCAUGCCAGUUGCGAUUAAGCGAUGUGCACUUGUCGACGAAAGGCAAAAGAAGGAAUUUGGACAAGAAAUGCUAAUACUUUCCCAGAUCAACCACAAGAACAUUGUCAAACUUGUUGGUUGUUGCCUUGAGGUGGAAGUUCCAAUGUUAGUCUAUGAGUUUAUCCCAAAUGGCACACUGUUUGAACUUAUCCAUGGCAAGAACCAAGCAUUACAGAUCUCUUUCAGCACCUUAUUAAGGAUUGCUCAUGAAGCAGCUGAAGGUCUCAAUUUCCUACACUCGUACGCAUCUCCUCCAAUCAUCCAUGGUGAUGUGAAGACUGCCAAUAUUCUUUUAGAUGAAAAUUAUAUGGCCAAAGUGUCUGAUUUCGGAGCCUCCAUACUAGCCCCAUCCGACAAAGAGCAAUACGUCACAAUGGUUCAAGGUACCUGUGGCUACCUGGACCCUGAAUACAUGCUGACAUGCCAACUGACAGAGAAAAGCGAUGUCUUUAGCUUUGGUGUCAUCCUUCUAGAGGUGCUCACAGGCCAAGAGCCUCUGAAGUUGAAUGGGCCUGAGACGGAAAGAAGCCUGUCGUCAAAUUUUCUGUCCGCUAUGAAGGAGAACAAUCUUGAUGCGGUGUUGCCGAGCCACGUGAAGGGGCAAGAGAGCAACGAAUUGAUCAGAGGCCUCGCGGAGCUAGCCAAGCAGUGCCUGGACAUGUGUGGCAGCAACAGACCGUCGAUGAAGGAAAUCGCCGAUGAGCUCGGCAGGUUGAGGAAGCUUUCGCCGCAUCCUUGGGUACAAAUAGAUGCUGAGAUGGAGACUCAAAGCCUUCUCAGCGGAGCAUCGAUUGGUAGCUUUGAAAUAGAAGGUGCUACUUCUGGGUAUCCUACACAAGAAGGCGAGAACCUCCCCAUGAACCCAAGAAGUUCAUACUAUGCGAGGUGAUGAAAACAUAUGUCCUAGUGAACUUAGUAUCCAUCGAAACAUCCACAUGAUGGGGCAUUCGGGAGCUAGUAGUUGGUCUCCAAUCUACUGUCUAUAAUAAAGCAUUGGGACACACAAUUAAAAAACUCUAUUUAUCAGUAUAUGUACUCUGUGUUUCAAAGCAGAAUGUAUGAAAAUUUGUUAGUAAUCCUAGCAUAUCUUGCAUUUCUGUUUUGCACAUGCAUGCACACGAGGACCGGCUUGUGGUUUCCGUGUGUGUAGGAAGUCAUGGACGAGAAUCGCUUGGCAUGAACUCGAGCAUGCAAGCCAUGGCCGGCCGUUGCGGCGCAUGGGGAUGGACGUGCGCACUCAGCGCAACCAUGGGCGUCGUGGCUUGCAUCUCACUGCCUUGUAAUCCAAUAAAUAGCAAUACAAUCCCAGAAAACGCUGCGCCCUUGGCAGCACCA